AUGGCGGCACCACAGGAGCAUCGGCCAGGCGAAGAAGAGGAGGAAGAGGAGGAGAUUGAUGAUUCUAGCUACAAGACAAUCAAGGAUGCUAUUCUCUUUGCGAUCGACGUUAGUCCAACCAUGCUUGAGAAACCACCCAAGUCAGAAGACAAGAAAGCCGAACGCGACUCCCCAACAUCUGCUGCGUUGAAAUGCGCCUAUCAGCUGAUGCAGCAGCGCAUCAUUUCCAACCCAAACGACAUGAUGGGCAUAUUGCUAUUUGGCACCGAGAAGACGGACCUAAAGGAUGGUGAUAGCACGUUCCAGAACUGCUAUCUGCUUGCAGAUCUUGACGUACCGUCAGCUCAGGACGUCAAAAGACUAAGGGACAUGGUUGAGAAUGAAGAGGAAGCCGAAGAGAUAUUAAAGCCAGCCAAGGAUGGUGCCAGUAUAGCCACGGUGCUGUUCUGUGCAAACCAGAUCUUCACCACAAAGGCGCCUAACUUCUCGUCGAGACGCCUGUUCUUAGUCACAGACAACGACUACCCGAUCAAGGUAAAGGUAGACAAAGAUACGGCAGUCACUCGAGCACGCGACUUGUACGACCUUGGUUGUACUAUUGAUCUCUUCCCUAUAUCACAACCAGAUCAUACCUUCGAUCGAUCGCGCUUUUAUGAUGACCUCGUAUAUCCAACAUCACCAUCUGACCCCGACGGGCCCGUCGCUAUACCAUCAACCACCAAAGUUGCAAAGAGUGGCGAAGGCAUAUCUCUCCUCAAGCAGCUCAUUUCCUCCAUUAAUUCCAAAGCCACACCCCGUCGCGCUCUAUUCUCUUUACCCAUGGAGCUUGGUCCUGAUCUCCGCAUUGGGGUAAAGGGCUACAUCCUCAUCAAGCGUCAGGAACAUGUCAAGUCGUGUUACGUCUGGGUUGGAGGUGAAAGGCCACAGAUCGCGACAUCCUCAACCACACAAAUGGCAGACGACUCAGCCCGAGCCAUCGAGAAGACCGAGCUGCGAAAGGCGUACAAAUUCGGUGGGGACGCAAUCACCUUCACACCCGACGAGAUCACACAGAUACGGCAAUGCUUUGGCGAACCUGUGAUCCGGAUAAUUGGUUUCAAGCCUCUUUCAAGCGUCCCUAUAUGGGCCAAUACGAACAAAUCGACCUUCAUUUACCCCUCAGAAGCAGACUACAUCGGUUCCACUCGAGUCUUCUCAGCCUUACAGCAGAAGCUACUCAAGUCCCAGAAAAUGGGCUUGGUAUGGUUCAUCCCCCGUCGCAACGCUGCACCCACGCUCGCCGCCCUGAUACCUGGUGAAGAGGAGGUGAAUGAAGAAGGUGAGCAAUUGACGCCACCAGGCCUCUGGCUCAUACCCCUCCCCUUCGCAGACGACAUUCGGCAGUUCCCAACACCACCGGAGCAUCCCCUCAAGACCACCGAUGCGCUCACAGACAAGAUGCGGCUCAUCAUCGAGCAACUUCAACUACCCAAAGGCAUCUACGACCCAUCCAAGUACCCAAACCCGGACCUGCAAUGGUUCUACCGCAUACUACAAGCGCUCGCUCUCGAAGAAGAAUUACCCGUCCAACCCGAGGACAAAACCAUCCCUCGCUACAAACAAAUCGACAAGCGUUGCGGCGAGUACAUCGAAGACUAUGGCAAAGAGUUCGAAGAAGCAUAUGCACAGCAACACAAAUCCGCGCUUGCCCACCGUGCUAAACCCACGGCGAAGAAACGCACAGGUGGCGGUGCAGACGGUGAGGACAAGCCGGCGGCCAAAAGAGUCAAGAAAGAGUUGAAAGUCCAAGCAGAGGAUGGAGAAGAGGAAGAUGGUAUGAGUGAUCAGCAAAUGGCCGAUAUAAACAACAGUGGAAAGAUAAGUAAGCAGACAGUAGCGGUAUUGAAACAGUGGCUCAGCGCGAGGAAUCUGAGUACAGGUGGCAAGAAGGCAGAGCUCCUGGAGAGGGUACAAGAGUAUCUCGAUGGCAAAGGAUUGUGA